AUGAUAUCUGUGCGCAAUACCGGUAGAGUGAAGCUGCACAAGGCCAGAGAGAAUGCCAACGGCACCUUUUCUAUUGGAAAAUCAUGGCCCAUGGAAGAGCUGACGGCCGUGGAGAACUAUGUCCAUUCGAAUCCUACGAGCGAGGAGGAGGCGCAGCACAAGCAGUGGGCUGGGGACAAGGGCUUUUCCGUGACUAUCAACAAGCCGUAUUACUGGGAGGCCGGCACUGCAAAGGAGAAGGAGUUCUUCAUUGGAAGUAUGGUUAAGAUCUACAACAAGUACACAAAGGGCGAAUUUCCCAUUUUGACUGGAUUUAGCGCGGCCGAACUGAACAGCCUAACAAAUGGCCAGCCGCACCUUGCUACACCGGAGGGCCGGGCUGCUUUUGCAGGAGGUCAAGGCGGCGCAAGCCCAGGGCCACCACAGCGACCGCCUCCACCAGACCAGAGGCCUAUGCCUCCAAAAUCGGCUGGGCUUCCCCCAAGGAGACCUGGGGAAGUGCCACCUCUAUCAGCCGAUGACAGCAGGCGAGGACCUCCCUCUGGGUCGAACCCAAAUUUCAGAAGACCGCCAGGGGAAUUUCAGGGUCCAAGAAGACCCGGCCGACCAGAUGACGACCUUCGCUCUGGGGAUAGGCCAAACACGGGCGACGAUGCUCGCAGGCGUCCGCCUUUCUUGCAGCACCAAAUGCAAGCUCCUCCAUCCAUGCCCAACCUCAGGCAGAAGCAACCAGUGGAUCCGAGUAUCCGAUCGCGACCCAGCGGAGAUAGUAUACGGCCACUACGUCCUGGUCAACCCGCUAGUCCAAAUUCCAUCGCACAACCACUGCCGUUUGCAUCGCGAAACUUGACACCACAGUCUUCAACUGCAGAAUUUGUCAAUCAACCAAAAACACCAGAUUCUGCAAAAUUCCCGUCAAGUCCAAGCCCUGCGCGCGGGCCGCUUCGUGAAGAUGGUCAGUCUCAACGGUCUGAGAGACCUUUUGACGAGCGAUCAUUCGACGGUAUGCCUUUGAACAUUGCGCCACCAGAUCCACGCAGACCGAAAGAGUUUGCUUCGCCCCGGAGAGAUCCAUCCCCAAGAGGUCUGAGACCUAGUACGGCUCAGAGCGGCGCGCGACCAGGUACUGCGCAAAGUAAUGCCAGUUCAAACUUCAACCGGGUCGACGACAUGCCACCGGAAGAACCUCCACAAAGGAGAAGGCCGCUCAUGGAAACUCGACCGUCCCAAGCGUCGCAGCGUAGUUUUGACAGCCAAGGCACAGACUCGCGUUCGAAUUUCCAUACGCCUUCAGCCUCGCCUGCCCCGCCAAACGAUGUUCCGCCUAGAAGAAGACCUCAGGAAACACCAGAAAGAAUGAAGCCUCUUUCUCAAGAGAGCCCGGCACGCGCAGAGCAUACACUUACUCCAUCGCAGCCUAUACCGCCACCCACUUCUCCAUUGCCUCAGAUACCAAUGACUCCUGUACCACAAGCGAUCCCACAAGAUGAAGUAGCAGCAUCUCCUGUACGAGCUCCAUCGAUAGAGAAAGCACCUGAGCCUGAGCCUGAACCACAACCUGAACCACAACCGCAAUCCCAACCUGUGGAGAAUACUACCCCUCCAGUAGACGAGCAGGAGAACGAGGCACAUCGUCCUGGCCUUGGCCCGAUGGUCAAGAAGCCCUUGGUCGCUGACAAUGCGGCAAACAAAUUCAGAAAGGCAGCAGCAGCAGCGGGCGCGUUCAAGCCUCGUGCUGGCGGUGCCGCAGCAAAACUCUUCAACAAAGAGACAAAGGCAUCUGACGAACCUGACGGUGUCAGCGCAGUGUUUGUGCCUCAACGGUCAACACCAAAAGAGGCACCUAAAGAAGCACCCAAAGAAGAAGAGGAGGAGAACAAGCCAGAGGCAGCACCUCAAACCACGCCAGAUCGAUCGUCAAAAGAACGACCGCGGAUCAGUACCGAGGUUGUGCCGUCAGUUACCGUGUCUGGUCCAGCAGUACCCACCUUGGCUGAGAUUCCGCAAGAAACAAAAGAGGAAGCCCCUCCACCGGCUCCAGAAAAGGCAGCGACAAGAACCGUUGAGCCUGAGCCGGAAGUGCGACGCAAGAAGCGUAGGUCCAACCAGCAGAUUGUAAAUGUUUCGAAGCUUGGAAUAGAUCCUGCAAUAUUGGACGAACGGGGUCUGGAGUUUGAAAGCCUACUGUCAGAACUGGGCUGGGGCGGUAACGAGCUUGCUCCAAAGCACAUUGAAUCUCUCGAAGCCGACAUCAAACGCGAAAUCGCCCGUGUUGAAGCAGGAAGUUGGUUGAGCCAUCUGGAGCAAAAGGACGACCGCGUGGAAGCCGUUGAGCGUCUGCUAGAUCGCGCCAUUGCUGAAUGUGAUGAACUCGAGGGUCUGCUGACGUUGUACAAUGUCGAACUGAGCAGUCUGAACGACGACAUUGCUUUCAUCGAAGCCCAAAGCCAGGGUCUUCAAGUACAGACUGCUAACCAACGUCUGUUGCAGCAGGAGCUCCGACAACUUGUGGAUACCAUUUCCAUUACUUCUGAUCAGCUGGAGCCUUUGCGACGUGCCCCGAUUGGAAAGAUUAACGGUCUCAAAGACAUUGAGUCCUCUUUGGUUCUCCUUUACAAAGCACUGGUUACAAUUGACCCGUCUUUUGUGUCAGGGAGCCGAGCAGGUGCUAAUGGUACUAUAAGCCCAAUGAACAGCAGAUCGGGAAUAGGCAACAGCGACCUGGCCACGAUGCAGGCUCUACAGGAAAAGCGCGAUCGAUAUCUCGGCGAGGGCACCAUGUUUCUUGAACGACUCAAGAAGCACAUGGAGAUUACGUUUGGUGCAGCGUUCUUGUCGACGAAAGACGCCCUUUCCAACCUCGAUCAGGGUUCUAUGCCUUCUUUGAGGAAGAAUAUUGAGGCACACGAUGCUGGCCGCAGCGAGUUGUGGAUGCUGAGCCCAGUGAUACUUUUUGCAAAGGAGAUUGAUCGGGUUUCGUGGGAUACACUCCUUCGGAUGUAUCAGACGCAAGCAGCGCAGCUGUAUCAACAGGAAGUCCGCGACAACAUCCUGGCGUGGAGGAGGUUUGCUCGGAAACCGACUGGCGAGGAGCAAGAGCUGCUUUUUACCGCACAAGAAAAAGAGCCCGAGAGCAUCACGGGUACUGCCAGAAAGCUGACUGUUAAGCGAAGUCAGACGCUCGCUCGUGGCCUACGAUCAACUUCUGGAGACAAAGAAGGCAAAGAGGGCAAAACAAAACCUUCUAGUCAAGACGGCAAGCUGCAUCCCUUUGAUGUCUUUGCCAGAGUCUUGGAAGAUACAGGCCCUGUGCUACUGACAGAGCAGAAUUUCAUCACAGAAUUCUUCCACGCUACUUCUACUGACUCGCUCGACUUUCCUGAUGCAGUCAGGGCAGCACCUCCAGAACGUCGACAAGGGCCCAACCUUUGGAUCAGGAAGCAAUUCGAGCCAGACAGGGCCAUGGCCAAGCACGUUACUGCAGUCAUGGAAGACAUCUUCUCCUUUUGGCCUGCUGAGAUUUCGAGUCUUGUUGACUGGGCCACCAAAGCCGAUCCUUUGCAGGGAGUGGGCAUUCUCUGUGCAGUCGACCGAAAGCUGCUCGACAUUGAAGAAACGAACCAGGACUUUUUGACGAGAACACUACAAAAGAUACACGAGCGUCUCCAAGGACUCUUUAGUCGCUUUUUGGAUGAACAAAUACGUGCGAUUGAAGACACAAAGGUCAAGAUCAAGAAGCGCAAGGGAGUCAUUUCGUUUAUGAAGACAUUCCCGCACUUUUCUGUUGUGAUUGAAAACAUGCUCCCCUCUGCAGCCGAGGGUGGGGAUCAAUUGGAAAUCCGGCGCAUGGUCAAUGACGGAUACCAGAGACUCAACAAGGCCAUGUUUGAGAGUUUGAAGGUGAUUGCAAAGGAAUCUCCUACGGUCAUGGCUUCGCAGGGGCAGGGCGAUCCCGAAGACAAGGAGGCGCUGAACUACCACAUUCUGCUCAUUGAGAACAUGAACCACUACAUGGAGGAGGUUGACGGCCGGUCGGUCUCGGUGCUUGAAUACUGGAAAAGCAAGGCCCAAGACGAGUACGACGAGCACAUGGGCCUCUACGUUGAUGCUGUCAUUCGGCGGCCGCUCGGGAAACUUUUGGAAUUCAUCGAGUCUACGGAAACGCUUCUUGGGCAGCCUGGGGCAAGUGCUCAGGCUAUUGCGCAACGGUCGUCACACUCUCGCUCUGUUUUCAAGAAGCUGGUGCACUCGCACGACGCCAAGGAGUUGCGCAAAGGCAUCGAGUCGCUCAAGAAGCGAGUGGACAAGCACUUUGGUGACGCAGAUGACCCGACCAUUAGUCGUGACCUCGUGUUCAAGGUGCUCAAGGAGUGCGAGAAGACGUAUAUGAAGGUGUCGGAACGGAUGAUGACAAUCAAUCAGGAUGUAUAUAGUGGCGAGGUGGAGAUUGAUUGGGGCAGCAAGGAGAUUGACGCAGCGUUCAAGAGAUAGUGUCUUCGGAAGAGCGGAAGUCGACAUUUGCU